GGUACUUAAUUUAUUAAUACUGUAACAGUGUAACUCAAUAUCUUUGCAUUUUGACUUUCUUUUGACAUUUUCGUUUUGUGAGAAUAACUUAUUAAUUUGCAAUUUUUAUCGUUUUAAUUGUUGACACAUACUGUUUGCUGUCUCCGCUAUUUUAUCGACUUUUUUGUAACACAAUGGCUCCACGCGGGCGUGAGAAGACACCAGACUCGUUGAACGAGCCUAAAACGAGAUUUUUGGCAAUUUUGAAGGAAGCCAGUGUUGACCAACGGAUUGGACAGCAGGUUUUCGCGAAGCUUAAACAACUUCAGCAAGAGAACGCUCCUCUGGAGGGUGAUGCGAUGGAUUGGUUAAUACCCGGAGCCUACGCUUUCGCCAUCUCCAGCAAAGCUCCGAAUUUUGAACACAAAGUGGUCCUCAUUAAGCUUUUAAAAGCGACCAACAUGAACGUUACGAAUUUCUACGCGAGAGUGCGCAAAUGGACGGAGAUGGCUGCGCUGAAUCCCGUUGUGCGCGACGUCAUUUCGCAAUCGGAACGAUAUUUCCAAAUCUCCCGGACGGUUUACGAGCGCUAUGAUCAAAUCUUCUUGGAUAUUUUUCGCGAUCCCCUCGAUCCCGAACCGAUUAAAACACCCGUGGCGGAAAAACUAAUUACUCUGCGACGCAAGCAGAAAGUUGUCGCGGGUCCGAAAAUAGUUCAGCCGAUUGACGUCUAUGUUUUCACUUGGGAUUUUUUCGUUUAUAUUCGUCGUUUGGUUCCUGCUGCGCGGGAUGAUCUUUUGGCCACUUAUCAUCUGUUUCUCUGUGUGAUUGAUUGUAUUCGCACCAAUGUCGUGAGCCUUAAAAGACCGGAACUUCUCAAUUUAAACUCCGAAGCUUUGCCUAAAGAAGCUGAAGAAAAUGACGGGAACGAGCGCAAAUUCUCUUUACUACCGUACUUGUGCAGUCAUUACGAUGGAGUAUGUAAGGAUUGUCUGGGAUUCUACGUGAACGGUUUCGUUCCGGCAAUGGAGGCAAUGGUCAAGGAAAAAGCAGUAUUCUGUGAUCCAGUGGAAUUCACAGGAUUGCUGGUUCCGGAAAAUUACGAUAAAAACUUGAAUAGCAUAAGCUCUUCAUACGACUAUUCGAUCCGAGUGGGCAGUGCUGUGGAUGAGCGCGUCUUGUUGGUAUCGAGGGAUGUUGCCAAUCCUGAAGCCGGUGGUGAUCCGUCGAAUAUUACGGAUGUUACUGACAUUUUAAAACAUCGCCGCGAUCUGCAGUCUGAUCAUAAGAGGAAACUAGACAGUACGGACUUUAAGACGCCACCACCGGUGAUGCCGCUGCCUUCGGUCAUCUCGUCAUCGGCGCCUUUGACGCCGGCGUCGUCGUGCAGUGCUCUGGAACGACGCGAAGCUGAAGAGUCCAAAAAGACACCGGCUCUGACCUCCGCUGUCGAUCUCGUGAACAAACUCAACAGUCUGUGUACAGGCUGUUUGCCCGCUCCGAGCACAAAUCUCGUCAACAUUUUGUCACAAUUCUGUGACAACGACAUCUCGAACGAUCUUGUUAAACAAGCGGACCUGUACCGCGAGAAGCUCGUAUCAUCUUAUAACGAACAAGAGGAUGAAACUGGCGUUUCCGAAAACUUGGCCAGGAAUCGGUUCAACUUAGCGCAAGUUUGGCACUUCAAAAUUUUGGAGGAUGUUUUCAUCUUUGAGAGAAGCCGGCCGGUAUCGAAUCCGGAUAAACUAAGGAAACUUGCCGAAAAUGAGAUCUUGCAAAAGGGUGUUUUCGUUUUUGCGACGGAAAUUGUCCUUUAUGCGCACAAUUGUUCUAAGAUGUUUCCGUGGCCUUUGGAUGUUUUGGAGUUAGCUCCAUUUGACUUUGUUAAAAUCAUUGAGUUGGUUGUUCGCUUGGAGGCCCUCCCCCGUACUCUCGUGAAGCAUUUCGGAUCCGUUGAGGAAAGCAUUCUAGAGCAGUAUGUGUGGGCAUCGAAUUCACCAUUAUGGGCGGAAAUUCAGUCCGAAAAAGUACUCCCUGCGCAAGAUGUGUGCUGGCCACACGCACUGGAGGAAACACCCACUAGUCCUGUUUCAGAGCCCUUCUUUUCUCCUGGUGGAAUUGGUCGAAAAAAAGAAAUUAAGCUGUUGGCCUCACCCGGUCCUGGGCAAGCACCGAUUGCCAUAUGUUCUGCCAACGGAACGGAGCCACAGAUUUUCGUUUCUCCCGGCAGCCCUACCACAGCAUCAAAACCAAAAAUCAGUUCGAUAAACCUCUUUUUUCGAAAAAUAUACAUUUUAGCCGGGGCGCGUUUGCGAGACCUCUGCGAUAAGCUGGGAUUUGAUUCUCUUGUGGAAAAAGAUCACCACAUGUUUCAGAGGAUGUUCACAUUGUUUGAGUUUUGUUUGACGGAACACAUCACUUUAUUGCGCGAUCGACACCUGGAUCAAAUUCUCAUGUGCUGUGCGUACGUUGUUGCAAAGCUUGAAUCGGCGAAUGCCUUGGACCGCUCGUUUCACCAGAUUAUGAAUGCUUAUCGAGCGCAACCGCAGGCCGAAAGCCGGGUAUAUCGGAAUGUACUUAUCGAUCCCGAUGAAGAAAAGAAGCCUGAUUUUCGGACUCGCAGUCAGCAUUCUAGUAGCUCGACUGCUUCCGAUCCCGAAGAAGGAAGCAAUCGGGGUGACAUCAUCAAGUUCUACAAUAAAGUUUUCGUGCGCUCCACGCAAGGAUUUAUUGCUAAAUUCUCACCCCGCAAGAAAAUGGGAACUCCCGGUAUCGCUCUUAGUCCGGUACCGAAAAUUAGUUCAAAUACUGCCCGCCGGCAGAUACAUCCUGCUACAAAUGUCUACGUAUCCCCGCUAAAACGAGAGACUGAGUAUUUUACACCGGCUAACCCUGGAGGAAAAGUUCUUACGUUUACAUUUGGAGUCUCGGGACAGAAGGAUGCAUUCAGUAUUCCUAAUUUGGAUAGCCCCGCCAAAUUAAAGAAACCCGACAAUGGCACACUUAGUCCCUCUCCACCAAAGAAACUUCGAAGGACAAGUAGCUUAUCCCCAAAAAUACCUUCGCCGUACAUGAAAACGCCGGAUGGAUUGGGAAUCCGCAUUAAUUUCCCCGUGACUUUUUCGGCAACGAAUCCAGCGGAAGGGAUACCACCAGCUUUGCCAUGAGGCUAAUAGUACAUAUUCGGAUUUCUUCGACAUGAUGUCGAAGACGUUUAAAAUUUUAUGAGAUCCGUAAAGAUUUUUAUCGUUUUGUAAGUCUUUUUAUCUGUAGCGGUUGCGUUUUGUGUUAAUGUGCAACAUGGUUGACUAUGGUUUUGCGCGUAAUAUUUCUCUAUUCAGAAUUCGGUAUUCUUUUUCGUCCUUGUUGGGAUAACGCUUAGGUUAUGGGCACGCAGUGGGCUUUUCAUAUUUUUUUACGAAUUUAGCUGUUUCUAGUGUUUCAGUUGGAAAUGCUGGUGUCAUACUCAUGAGUGCGGUGCAAUUUGUCAAAAAAUGGUAUUUCGUUAACAGCAAACAGACA